UUCUCCCGUGGGCGCUGGGUCGGAGCAAUUGUCCCGCACGGCCCCCCGAGCUCCGAGMGCUCCGCUGCCCGGGGGCCGUGCGGGAGAAACGCGAGGAGGAGCUCGCUUCGGGGGAGGGGGAGAUGGAGCCGGGGCGUGGGUAAGCCGCUCCCUUCUUCUUCCUCCUCCUCCUCCUCCUCCCCCCUCGGCUGCUCCCGUCUGGCAGCCAGGCGGCCGCUGCCUCCGGCCGGAGCCGCCGCUCGGGAAGGGACUCCCGGCCCCGCGCUGCCGCCGGGAUGGGGACGGCGCUGGCGGCUCCCGGAUUGCUGCUGCUGCUGCUGCUCCUGGCCGGCACGGCGGGGCUCUGCCGGGCGCUCUUCUCCCUCCCGCUCCGCGUGUCCCACCCCGCCGCCCCCGCCGGCUCUCCGCCCGCCCCGGUGGUGCUGCGGCCGGGCAGCGGGCAGCAGGAUCCCCCCGGAGCUGCGGACGGCUUGGCCUUGGCCUCGGAUCCCGGCGGCACCCUCAACUUUUUAGCCAUGGUGGAGAACCUUCAGGGCGACUCCGGCCGCGGCUACUACCUGGAGAUGCUGAUCGGGACCCCGCCGCAGGCGUUAAAUAUUCUGGUUGACACUGGGAGCAGUAAUUUUGCUGUAGCAGGUGUGCCUGACCCUGAUGUCACAUCCUACUUYGAUCCUGAGCUGUCAAGCACGUACAGAUCUCAGGGGGUUGAGGUCACAGUGAAGUACAGCCAGGGCAGCUGGACAGGAGUGCUGGGCACAGAUGUCAUCACCAUGCCCAAAGGGCUCUACGGCAGCUACAUCAUCAACAUCGCCACCAUCCUCGAGUCUGAGAACUUCUUCCUGCCUGGGGUCAAGUGGCACGGGAUCCUGGGUCUGGCCUACAAUGCCUUAGCCAAGCCCUCGAGUUCUGUGGAGACAUUCUUUGAUUCGCUCGUGAGGCAGGCGAAGAUCCCCGACAUUUUCUCCUUGCAGAUGUGCGGUGCUGGACUCCCUGUUUCUGGAAGUGGUACCAACGGAGGUAGUCUUGUCCUGGGUGGAAUUGAGCCCAGUCUGUACACGGGGGACAUCUGGUACACGCCCAUCAAAGAGGAGUGGUAUUACCAGGUUGAAAUUCUCAAACUGGAGGUKGGGGGACAGAACCUGGAGCUGGACUGCAGAGAGUACAAUGCUGAUAAAGCCAUAGUGGACAGCGGGACCACGCUCCUUCGGCUGCCAGAAAAAGUCUUCAAUGCUGUGGUGCAGGCAAUAGCUCGCACGUCCCUGAUACAAGAAUUCUCUUCUGGUUUCUGGACUGGUUCACAGCUUGCAUGCUGGGAUAGAGCUGAAAAGCCCUGGUCCUURUUUCCCAAACUCUCCAUUUACCUGAGGGAUGAGAACUCCAGUAGGUCGUUUCGGAUCUCUAUCCUACCACAGCUUUAUAUUCAACCCAUCCUCGUGAUAGGAGAUAAUUUGCAGUGCUACAGGUUUGGCAUCUCCUCCUCCACGAACGCUCUGGUCAUCGGGGCCACAGUCAUGGAAGGAUUUUAUGUCAUCUUUGACAGAGCCCAGAGGAGGGUGGGCUUUGCAGUCAGCCCCUGUGCAGAGGUUGACGGCUCCCCCGUGUCCGAGAUCGAAGGCCCUUUCACGACGGCGGACGUGGCCAGCAACUGCGUGUCCAGCGUGUCUGUGCACGAGCCGGUGCUGUGGAUCGCCUCGUACGCCCUGAUGAGCCUGUGUGGGCUCAUCCUGCUGGUGCUGAUCGUGCUGCUGCUCAUCCCGCCCCGCUGCCAGCACCGCUACACCGACAACGACGUGGUCAACGACGAGUCGUCCCUGGUGCGCCACCGCUGGAAAUGAGGGGCUGCAUCCCGAAAACUGAGACUGGAAACGGGACCAAGAACAAAGAACUCUGCCAAGGGGAAGAAGCCAACGCCUCCUCAGUCCUCUCUACAAACUGCUGUUGAAGAUCCCACCAAAUACCCUGCGUCGUGACUUUUAUAGCUUUAUUUUCUAACACCGGUUCUCAACCAAAGCACUGUUAACCACCUCUGAAGUGCUACGGUACUGGAUUUGCUACUGCAGUACAAUGAGCCUUUAUGCUCUCCACAGUACCUUCUUUAAAAAAAAAAAAAAAAUCAAAAAAGUUUUAAAAAGAUAAAAACCACACCGUGACGUUCUUCCACUGUCUGAACAAAAUUGUCAAUCUCGCUUUCACAAAAAAAAAAAGGAGCUGUCAGUAUUUUCUAACUAAUCGAGCCCUGACUGUAGAAAAAGAGAAAAAAAAAUUAAUAAUCUUUCUUAUUAAUUGCAUUAAAUGAAUACUGCUUUCUGUUUACAUCAGUUUAUUUUGAAACUGCUUAUGGUGCGGGGGAGGGAGAAAAGUCAGACUUAAGCAGCUGAGGAAAAGCAAGUGAGAUUGAGAAGAAAUGUUGGUUUGUGGUUUYUUUUCCUCAAGAUCACUGCUGCCACUCGAGAGGGUCACCCUCCCCGAGAGUUGUAACAAAAUAGUCCAAAAGUGGUGAAAACUGGGAAACAAACUUGUUCAGCCUUAGAGAAAAACAAGACUACCUCUCUUAAUUUCCAAGGAUGCUACCACUGAUGAGUGUGUGGAUUAGAAUUGGUCUUAAAGCACAAAGAUGCUCCAUACAACCAAAUGGAACUGCUUGGCUUUGAAUUUUUUGGAUUUUAUAAAAAUCAGUACUUCAUGUCUUUCCACUCUGGUGCACAAAAAAAAACAACAACAAAAAAAACCCUUUCAGUUUCCUCCCACAUGUGGGGUUUGUUGUUUUUUUUUUUUUUUUUUGAGUUUGACUGAUAUUUAGAAAAGGCUGAUCUGCGUAUGUAUGGACAGACAAGAAAGCAAGGUCUGUGUUCUGCUAUAUUUCUAGCGAGCAUGUAACAAAAAGAAAACAAAAUAAGAAAGACAACCCUGUUUUUUAAAUUUAGCUGAGCUCAGCAACCUAGAAAUUCAAGGGAGAAGUGUCUGUCUUUGUGGACAGGCUGUGAAGUGCAAGUCUUUAUGCUGGCUUGUUUUUCAGCUUGAGCAGCAGUCGGAGGUGUUCGGUUUGGCUUCACCACGKUGUCAAUCAAAUUAAAACUCUGUGUGUGUCCAGCCUGGCUGAAAAAAAACGUGGGGUGGGACUGGAAACAGUAGUGGGAGAGAGCAGGGCAAAUGUAUUUAUAUAUUUGACCAGGCUUCCAUUCUGCGAGGGCAGACCAUAAUGCUGAGGUCAGAAUGAGGUGUUUUCCUGGCAGAUAGGACAAUUUUUCUUUAUUUUCUCCAGCUGCAGGACCUCCAUGGCUUCUCUGUAACACUGGCCUAAGUGUUUGAAUUGGAAAGAUAAAGAAUGCAAGAUUGAGGAUUUUUUAAAAUAAAUUUUAAAAAUUAAAAUGAAAAAAUACUCUUUUGCAUUUUGAUAGCAGAGCAGUUUACAUAUCUGUGUGGGAAAUGAGGAAAAAAAAAAAAAAAGCAACUUAGCUCUGAAUUUCCCAAUCCCUUGCCUAGACAACUUUCUGCCCAAAAUCCCUUCAUACAGCUCUCUGAUUCACACUGCCUCUGCAUCUGACUCUGCAUSGAAUAAGGAAAGACUUUUUUUCCCUCCCCCCAGGAAUGGUGCAUUUACAGAGGUGCAUGUCAUGUGUGUGAAAAUAAAACACUGUCGGGUUUUUUUGUAGCUAACCUGUGUCGUUCACAUCAUGACUGGAAGUGCCUGUGGUUUUCAAUUCUUGCACUUUCAGAUUGUUUGGCUCAACAGAGAAAAAUAAUUGAUGCUGUGAUCCAGUGUUUGAAAAUUACUUCUCRUGGAAUUUGGAGUUGGAAACAGGAGGGAAUGUUGAAUUUGUCUCCUUCCUCUGCCUCUUAAUGUUUAAGAGGAGAAGAAUUGUGAAUUACGUUAAAUAAGCCAUAGAGCUUAGCUGUUUUCUCAGUSUAAUAUUUUCACUAUCUCUUUCUUAAUAUCUUUUAAUUAUAAUUUUGAGUUCCACCUCAUCCUCCUGGGUUUGGUCUUACACAUAACAACUUCAGAGUUGUAUUCCUGCUUUUUCUACAGUAUGGCAAUAGAAAUUAUGCUUCUGGCACUUCUUUCAAACAGAAACACAGUAUGGAUUUUGGAUGAAUACAGUGUUAAACAAUAAACCCUCUUUCRAUUCAGAAAGUAAAAACAACUUGUAUGCUCUUAAAAAGUU